AUGCCGUCCCGGUUUGAGCGUCAUCCGCCGAUUCCUCCGAGCUCAACUGCUGGCAACGCCGCCAUCCCUGGACUACACCCUUCCCAACGCCCUGGACUGGAAGUUAGCCCACGCCGCAUAGUUCGGCCUCGCGAUGCUUCAAUCAUGCCCCCGUUAAACGGCAGUGCGCCUAAGGGUUCGUACCACCGAGAACAUAGACGCUCGAUCAGCAAUCCGUUCGCUGGUUUUGGGCGAAAACGGGACAAGUCAGCCACCAAGUAUGCCACUUGGGACUCUGACUCUGACGAUGAUGAUGAGGUAACCUAUCCCUUGGAGCCCGAGUCAUCAAGUCCCCGGAAAGGUGCAGCACCUGGAAAUAAUAUCGCCGAGGGCAAGUGCCAGACAUGUGAUGCUACUGUCCGGUGGCCAAGGCACUUGAAGGUGUUUAGAUGCACCGACUGCUUGAUGGUCACAGACCUGGAGCCGGCUCCUCCUGAAUCAAAAGACAAACCACCGCAAGGGUCCCAGAGCGGAGCAUCCAAGUUGGGAAGCAAAGUGAUUCCUUUGACUGCCAAUCAAACUCGCGGUAUGAUCGGAGGAUGCCUCAACAUGUAUUUCGAUAGCCUUUUGGACAAGGGCUCUCGGUCAUGGUUGUCGCCGGACGACGACAGAAAGAACAAACCGCUGCCUGAUCUUCCACCAAUGCAGGCUCAUGCCUCUGGUCGAAACAAUCUCUCGCCCCCACGGACUGGGGAUUCUAGGAGCCGCAGUGCUUCCCACUCCAGUGAACGGGAAAGGUUGGGGGUGUCGAAAGAAAACCCAUGUUACUUGUCACCACCAUCGGUUCGCUGGGAGGGAAAUGAAACUCCUGUUAGAGCCCGAGCAAACUCAGAUCACCGGUCGACUCCAGAGCUAGACGGCCGCCCGCAAGGCGUUUCGCAAGCUGGGAAGCUGGAGUUUCAAAGCUGCGACAGUCGGACACACAUUUUUAAGCCGCUGGAGAAUACUAUCGCCACUGCCUUCAAAGGCUGUGAUUGCCUCAACGAAUCUUUUACCACGUAUCCACCUCCUCGAUCAGCUCGAUCAGCUAGUAGUGGUAAUCCGCCGAGAAUGAGGAUGGAACGUACAACAAUGCCCCAACCAGCGCACGACGCUCCUGUCUUCGAACCGGAUGCGAAGACCCUUCUUUUGGGAGAUCUGACUGAGAACUCCUCUUGGUGGAUGAAUGAAUGGGCUGAGGCGGAAGGCCAAAAUCCCGUGUAUUCCAAAGAGAAGAGCAAUCCAAAGUCUCGGAUGAUAUCGUCGCGAAGUCCUCGGAUCAACUGGAGCGAGUUAGCCCAGUGGUAUCAUUCAAUUCUGUCAGCGGGGAAUUCCUGGACUGAGCUCUGGGCCGCCAAAAGACCCGACCCCACACGAUCAGAAGCGGAUUCGAUCCGAGCCAAGAGAUGGGCGUCUAUUGAUCCGUCCUUCAUUGGGAGACAAAUCAAUGAGUCUCGUCUGCACUUACAACGGGCAUUGAUGAAAGCUACCGAGGCCCUCCUCAAGCGCCCGCGCCGUGUGCUGAAGAAACCGGAAGAUACCAGGUUCUUGUUCAUAUUGUUAGCGAAUCCUGUACUGUCUUCACCUGCGUCGUAUUGCCAGCAUGCGGCCACUCCGCCGUCUCAUCGAGACGACAGGCGACCCUCACAUCCAAAAGACUACCCGAAGUCGGCAACCCAAGACAGAAAACCCUCGCCGAAAGAACCGGCCAAAGCCCCUGCUCGUCUAGAGGGAUCCAAUCACCAUUAUGGAAUUAUCAAACGAAUCCUAGGACUCAUGUCUAAUCUGCCCAAUGAUUGCCAUCACUACAUCGUGUCUUGGGCUUCCCGUUUCUCUGUCAGGCAGUUCGAGCGACUGGUAGAACUUAUCGGUGGAUUUCUCACUUACCGCUUGAGUCGUCAGCAUGGGCGAAGACGCCCUCAAAAUCAUCAAAAUGGAGACGAUCUAAUACCGAGCUUCGCCAGUGCUUCGGGAAAUACCCCUGCGGAACUUCACGCUGCCAUUAAUCGAAGUACCCCGAACAAGAAAUCUGGCAAGAAAACCGAAGACCCCAUAAUAUAUUCCGAGGACUGGCAGAUCAGAGCAGCAGCAAGAGUAAUGUCGCUGUUCUUUACGGCUAACAUCUCUGCAACAAGGAAAUCUGACGGGACUCCGCGCAGUCUUGAAAUGCCCAAGAAUCCGGGCCCUCGUCAUGGACAUAUGAUUCCGAUCAGUACAUUUUACAAUACACUGCUGGAUUAUUCGGAUCUAGUGACAGACUUUGAGACUUGGGAAGCUAAAAGCUCGAAGUUUACUUUCUGUCAGUAUCCGUUCCUGCUUAGCAUAUGGGCCAAAAUCCACAUCAUGGAGCAUGAUGCGCGUCGUCAAAUGGAAGUGAAGGCACGAGACGCAUUUUUCGACAGCGUCCUCAACCAAGCGGCGGUUAGUCAGUACCUCGUAUUGAAGGUACGGCGCGAGUGUUUGAUUGAAGAUAGCCUCAAGGGAGUGAGUGAAGUUGUUGGCACUGGCCAGGAAGAGAUCAAAAAGGGUCUUCGAAUCGAAUUUUCGGGCGAAGAAGGCAUUGACGCCGGUGGCCUGCGAAAGGAAUGGUUCCUUAUGCUUGUCCGAGAGGUCUUUGACCCGCUUCAUGGCCUCUUCAUCUACGAUGAUGAUUCGCAGUACUGCUACUUUAACCCUUAUUGCUUUGAGUCAUCUGAACAGUUCUUCUUGGUUGGGGUUCUUCUAGGCCUCGCCAUUUACAACUCCACUAUCCUUGACGUUGAUCUGCCUCCGUUUGCAUUCAAGAAACUGCUGUCGUCGGCACCGUACUCGAACGGGCCACAAGCGGCUACCUCGUUGCGUUCGACCUUCAAAUGCACCCUAGAAGAUCUUGCCGAGUACCGACCAACUCUCGCCAAAGGCCUACGGGGUCUACUAGAAUUCGAAGGCAAUGUUGCCGAGACAUUCUGCUACGAUUUCGUUGCCCAGGUCGAUCGCUACGGCGAAAUAACCAGUGUGCCACUCUGUCCAAAUGGCGAGAACCGGCCUGUGACCAACUCUAACAAGCGUGAGUUUGUGGAUUUGUAUGUCCAAUAUCUGCUAGACACAGCCGUGGCCCGACAAUUUGAACCUUUCAAACGCGGGUUUUUCACGGUUUGUGGUGGCAAUGCACUAUCACUAUUCCGACCAGAAGAGAUCGAAAUGCUAGUCCGCGGCUCAGAUGAACCACUCGAUGUCAGUUCUCUCCGGGCUGUGGCCACCUACGACAACUGGUCACACCCACGGCCAGAGUCACUUCCCGUGGUGCGAUGGUUCUGGGAUUUCUUUGAGAAAUCGCAGCCUCAAGCACAGCGCAAGAUCCUGUCAUUCAUUACAGGCAGCGAUCGGAUCCCGGCCAUGGGGGCUACAAGUCUUGUCAUCCGGCUUGCUUGUCUUGGAGAUGACUGUCCCCGUUACCCGAUUGCUCGCACUUGCUUCAACACGCUGGGUCUUUACCGUUAUCCCACCCGGGAGAAGUUCCAGCGGCUGCUCUGGGAUGCAGUUGUAAAUAGCGAAGGAUUUGGCCUGAAAUGA